CGGCGGGGCUGGGAGGGGAGGGAGCAGCAUGGCGUGCUACAGAGGCGAGUAUAUGGUUUCUGAAGAUAGAUUUCCUGAAUCAAGAAAGUGGCGACCAUUGAUACAUAGGAAAUGCACGGACAAAUUUUGGUUGAUAAUAUUUUUCCUCUUUUGGGCAGGUUUGAUGUUUAUAACAGGCUAUGCUGUAACAGCUGGAGCUACAGAAAGGCUUAUAUUUGGAUAUGAUAGCUAUGGAAAUGUUUGUGGUCGGAGGAACACACCUGUGGUUGGUGCACCUUUGUCAGGACAAGAUAUGAGAAACAAAAAAUUUGUGUUCUAUUUGAAUUCAUGUGGUUUGAAAAUAAAAAACCAUAAUAUCAAAUCAACUGCAUUAUGUGUAUCAAGCUGUCCACAGGAGCAACUGAAUUCUUUGGAAGAUAUUCAGCUAUUUGCAAAUAACAGUGGAUCUUGCCUUUGUGUUUACGGUUUGAAUGCUAGCAGUUGUAUAGAUGGAUCCAAAGCUUCUGAACUUUGUCCUGCUCUGCCAGUACCACCAAGCUUAUCUUUUCCGCUGUUUAAUCGAUGUGUUCCGCGGAACCACAAAUGCUAUUCCAAUUUCGCACCUGUAUUGAUAGAUGUGGUAAAUGAGGUGGAUUUCUUUCAUCGUAUUCUGGGUGGGCUCAUGGCAGGAAGAGAUACAGUAACAGGAUUGUGCAUCCUUUCAUUAGUUUUGUCUGCCCUAAUGAUGCUAGCCUUCAGAUGCAUCAAUAUGCUCGUGGUCCAUAUUUUUCUUACAUUACUUGUAUUUGGAUUAUUAUUUGUCUCAGGUGUUAUGUGGUGGAUUUAUUACAAUAACAGCAGCGGGCCCAUCAUAGAAUUAGAAACUGAAAAAGAAAAUAUGAAAUUAUUAUGCGGACUUUCUAUUAUAUCUACAUUUGUUGUGGUGAUCCUAAUUGUCCUGAUAGUGUUAUUAAGGAAGAAGAUUCACUUGAUUAUUCAGCUCUUUCAGGCUGCCAAUAAAAUAAUUGGCAAGGCCCCUUUUUUGUAUUUUCAACCUAUUUGGACGUUUGUAAUACUUAUUUUGUUCUGGAUGAACUGGGUGGCUGUGCUCCUGAGCUUAGGAACUGCAGGCAAUGCGCAAGUCAUUUCAGGAGGCCAAGUGAAAUACAAAAUUCGGUUUGGAAUCCGCUACAUGUGGUGGUAUCAUUUACUGGGGCUUAUCUGGACCACUGAAUUUAUUCUAGCAUGUCAGCAAAUGACUGUGGCUGGGACUAUAGUUACCUGUUUCUUCAACCGAAAUAAGAGUAAACUACCAAGGCAUCCAAUCCUAUGUUCCAUAUCAGUUCUUUUUUGUUAUCAUCUGGGAACAGUUGUGAAAGGAUCCCUGAUAAUCCCAAUCGUGAGGGUCCCAAGAAUUAUUCUAUUGUCUGUUUAUAACAUUCUGAAAAAUAAGGAGAACACGUGUGCAAAGUGUAUUUACAAAUGCUGUUUUUGCAGUUUCUGGUGCCUAGAAAGAUUUCUUGGAUAUUUAAACCAGAACGCAUAUGCGGCAACUAUCAUAAAUGGGACAAAUUUUUGUACCUCGGCUAAAGAUGCCAGUGUUAUUUUAUCAAAAAACGUAACUAGCACCAUGGCAAUCAACUGCUUCAGUGACUUUGCUGUCUUUCUUUCAAAGGUGUUCGUAGCAUGUUUCACCGUUUUUGGGGGCUUGAUGGCAUUUAACUACCACCAGGAAUUAAAAGUUUGGGCCUUGCCAUUGCUGCUGGUUGCUGUUUUGGCUUAUUUCAUUGCCCAUAACUUCUUAUCAGUAUUUCAGACCACAGUGGAUGUUCUGUUCCUUUGCUUUGCUGUUGAUGUAGAAACAAAUGAUGGCUCUUCAGAUAAACCCUACCUAAUGGAUCAAGAUUUAAUGGAAUAUCUAUUAGAAAGAAUCUAUUCUAGGUUUUCAGAAUUUCAUAGAUGCUUCAGUGACUGUCAUAAAGAGCUUUGUCUAUCAGAACAGCAAACUUGCAAAGACCAAACAAAGAAAUAGAAGAAUAUUUUAUAACAAUGAAUGCAGCAUUGAACUCCAGCUAUUGAGUUGAAAUCGAGAUGGCUUUAAAACUACAACGCAGCAAAGAUGAAGAUUACCCGUACUUUAAGAAAAAAUAAUUCUCUGAAUUGAUUUAUAUAUUUUGCACUAAAAGAGACAAUUUGGUCCACUUUCACUUUGUGAAAAAAAUGUCUUCAGCUUUUAUGAUUUUGUUAAAAUUUUAUUUAAGGUAUUUUUUAUUAAAGUAAUGAUCAAC